AUGAGCGCAGUUACAUGCACAGAGAUGUUAUCACACAUGUGGUAUGUACCAAAACAGAUUUUAUUAUCACUGCCAGUCAUGAUCAACAUGCUGAAGCUCGGCUAUUUUCCUGGACAGUGUGAGUGGAUAUAUUGCCCAGGAGAUGCCAUAUCUUCAGUUGCUGCUUCUGAGAAGAGUACAGGAAAAAUUUUCAUUUAUGAUGGACGAGGAGAUAACCAGCCACUUCAUAUUUUUGACAAACUCCAUGUAUCCCCUCUUACUCAAAUAAGACUAAACCCAGUUUACAAAGCAGUGGUGUCUUCUGACAAAUCCGGGAUGAUUGAGUACUGGACUGGACCGCCGCACGAAUAUAAGUUCCCUAAAAAUGUGAACUGGGAGUAUAAGACAGACACAGACUUAUAUGAAUUUGCCAAGUGUAAGGCAUAUCCAACCAGCAUAUGUUUUUCACCUGAUGGGAAGAAAAUAGCAACCAUUGGAUCAGACAGAAAAGUUAGAAUUUUCAGGUUUUUAACUGGAAAACUCAUGAGGGUCUUUGAUGAAUCAUUAAGUAUGUUUACUGAACUGCAGCAGAUGAGGCAACAACUACCAGACAUGGAAUUUGGCCGACGAAUGGCUGUAGAACGUGAGCUGGAGAAAGUGGAUGCUGUAAGAUUAGUUAACAUCGUUUUUGAUGAAACCGGACACUUCGUGCUGUACGGAACGAUGCUGGGCAUUAAAGUAAUAAAUGUAGAAACGAAUCGGUGUGUGCGGAUCUUAGGCAAGCAAGAAAACAUUAGAGUGAUGCAGCUAGCUUUGUUUCAGGGAAUAGCCAAAAAGCAUCGAGCUGCAGCUACCAUAGAGAUGAAAGCUUCUGAAAAUCCUGUUCUUCAGAAUAUUCAAGCUGACCCAACAAUAGUCUGUACAUCUUUCAAAAAGAAUCGCUUUUAUAUGUUUACCAAACGAGAGCCGGAAGAUACAAAAACUGCAGAUUCUGACAGAGAUGUUUUUAAUGAGAAACCUUCUAAAGAAGAAGUCAUGGCAGCUACUCAAGCUGAAGGGCCGAAGCGAGUUUCAGAUAGUGCCAUUGUCCACACAAGCAUGGGAGACAUUCACAUCAAACUUUUUCCUGUUGAGUGUCCCAAGACUGUGGAAAACUUCUGUGUUCAUAGCAGAAAUGGUUAUUACAAUGGGCAUACAUUCCACCGUAUAAUUAAGGGCUUCAUGAUUCAGACAGGAGAUCCAACAGGUACUGGUAUGGGGGGCGAAAGCAUAUGGGGAGGAGAGUUUGAGGACGAAUUCCACUCAACAUUACGACAUGACAGACCGUACACACUCAGCAUGGCCAAUGCUGGAUCAAAUACCAACGGAUCCCAGUUUUUUAUAACAGUAGUACCAACGCCUUGGCUUGAUAAUAAGCACACGGUGUUUGGAAGAGUGACUAAAGGCAUGGAGGUUGUGCAGAGGAUUUCUAACGUUAAAGUCAACCCCAAAACCGAUAAGCCUUAUGAGGACGUCAGCAUCAUAAAUAUCACUGUCAAGUAACUGCUUCUGUUACAGUCACAAGACAGUCUAUAACAACACAGGACUGUUUCACAUUGGGAAGUUUAAAACUUGCUGAAUAUGUAAAUCAUGUUUUAAAAUAUAAACACUGUAUUUUUGUAUUUUUACUUAAAGGCCUUUUUUUUUUUUUUUUUUUUUUUUAAAACACUGCCUUUUCUGGACUAUUUGUGAUUCUCAGGGGUAACAAAUUGAAAUGCACUAAAUUGAGGCAAAUAACAUUCUUUUAUAGGUCAAUUCUGUUACUAUGACUCGAAUUUGGUAUUAAAUAAUGGAUUCUUUUUAAAAAACAUACCCUCUUAUGUUUAGUGGUCCUUAAAAAGAUCAAAAGGUAUAUAUUCCUUAAUAUUAUAAAAUUCUUUUUCAAAUAUACGUGUCAAAUGACUGGUUAUUUGCUUUUCCUAAUGUAACUAAUCUUUCUUCUAUCAAGUUACAGCUUAAUUAAAUCUUAAAUAUACCAUCAAGAACAAUAAAGCUUAAUAUCUGACCGUAGAUCGGACUAAUAGAGAAAGGGUAGCUGUAAGCUGGCUGCAGUGGUUCAUGCCUGCGUGUAAGAGGUAGAGGCAGGUCAGCCUGGACUACAUAAUGCCAGAUAACAAUAAAUUGUCACAGUAAAUGAAUUUCAAGUCUACUGAUAUUCUUCUUCACGUCCCUUUUCCGUAACUGACUGCUAACAACUGAUGCUGACUUCAGACAGCCUCCUUCAGAAACGUAGAGGAGAACAUCUAUCUCAGCAGAGCUGUUUCAGGACCCCCGUUUCACCACUGGUCAUAGCAUCAUUUCACUUUGUAUGGAAAUGAAACCUGCAAGAUUGAAAAGUCUGUCUUGCCUUGCAAGUGAAAUGUGCUCUCCUUUUAAAACUAAUUUGAGCUUACUCCAUUAGUACCUUUGUUACAUUUACCUUCUUAACUACACGUGUUAAACUACCUAAUCUUGCUUUAUCUAGUCCUAAAGCCAUAAUGUAAAAUUGUGAUUAAUACUGCCAUCAAGUGGUAAUAAUGCCUCACUCCUCAAACAUUAAGUAUUUCACUUUCAGUGAAGAAUCAUAUGCAACUAAUGAAUUUUGUUUUCAGAUCAUUUUAUUUGAAAUAGGAACUCAUAUAUCCCAGUCUAACCUCAAAGUCUCUAUGUAGCUAGUGAUCCCAAGUGAUACUAUCACAGGCACAUACCAUCAUGCCCAGUUUAUGCUGUACUGCUGAUGCUUGAACCCAGUGCUUUGUGCAUGUCACCAAGUAUUCUACCAACAUGAUCCCAUUCUUAAUCUGUGCUCUCCUGGAUUCUCUAUACAGGUGUACGUCAGUCUUCACUGUUACCAUUUUGUAAAAUGAGAACUUUUCUAAUGUUGUGUAGGUAUUAUUCUUUAGUACAUACACUAGGUUUUCAAGCUCAGCAACCCCCUUUCUUGGUGGGGAUGGAAAUGGAGCCUAGGCCAUAAAACCACAGUAAUUAAUUACAAUGACAUGACCAUGCAAAUGGUCAUUUUAAAUGUUCAUUAUUGGGCUCGUGAGAUGGCUCAGUGGUUGUUAAGAGUGCCGACUGCUCUUCUGGAGGUCCCGAGUUCAAAUCCCAGCAACCACAUGGUGGCUCACAACCAUCCAUAAUGAAAUCUGAUGCCCUCUUCUGGAGUGUCUAAAGACAGCUACAGUGCACUUACAUAUAAUAAAUAAAUAAAUAAAUCUUUAAAAAAAAUGUUCUUUAUUUUCCUGUGAAACAAGGUUAAAUUAACCUUGUAUAUUAACCAUUGAAAAACUCAGGAAUUUUCACUCUUGUUUAUGUCAACAAUUCAAAUUUCCCUUCAGUUUUUUUUUUUAACCUUUUGUAUAUAUGUUAACUAUAUAUAAAAUAACGUAUUUCUAAACCUUUGCAUUAGCAAAUAAAACCUCUCUCAAACAUAA